AUGGCGAACCAAACGUCAACCUUCACUCCUCCAACAAUGGCGACACCAACGACGCUGAGUCUGGCUCGUUCGAGUUCGAAUUUUCUUCUGGAACACGAAGAAAAUGAGGCCUCUCAUCAUCAUCGCAUUCUGGAGUUGGAUGAUUCUGAGAACAAAGAAGCUGAAACUCUGUCGAUCGAUACAACACCGUUAGGCUUUGCUUUGUCUUCAAGGUCUUCAUCGUCUGAAAGGAACUCGAAGAAGUGGAUAUUCUUCAAGGAUCUAUUGUACAGAAGCAAAAGCGAAAGUAGAGGCAACAAAAAGAAGUUCUGGUCAUCGAUCACGUUCACUUGCUCAUCAUCUUCAAGGGACGAGAAGGAAAAGAAUCGCAAGAAAACGGAAACGCAAAAGCAAAAGCGAAGCAAACAAAUUCUCCCAAAAAAACCAAUCGCCGGAAAACCAGCGAACGGCGUCGAAAAGCGUAGGGUUCCGCCGUCGGCUCACGAGUUGCAUUACACUGCGAAUAAAGCACAGGCGGAGGAGAUGAAGAAGAAGACCUUCUUGCCCUACCGACAAGGACUGGUCGGAUGUCUAGGGCUGUGCCCUGAAUGGAUUUACCAGAACUUUGAACCCUGUGUCCUCUGGGUUGUAAUUUAAGCUCCUGUGCCUUUGUUCUAAUCACCAUUGAUGAUUUUGGUUUUUUAGCUAUGAAGAUAUUAUUAGGUUCUGCGAUACAUGGCGAUCCAUUGCCAUGUAUAAUCCUUGUGGGAGUGUGAUGUUUUGGGAUGAUGUUAAAAAGUUGAUUUUUUAUUUUUUUUAUAUAUAAAAAGUAAAGAAGUGUUCAGAUUUUAAAAAGUUCAAAAAAUUAAAAAGUUAAUCUUUCCAAAUUACCUCUGAGUCUCUCUCAGUUAUGUAAUAUUUUAUUAUAAAGUAAAUUAUUAAAUUAAGUUUGUAUAAGAUUGCUAUUCAUCCUAAAAGUGUUUAAUUAUGAUUUUUUUAAUAUAAUUUCUUAUUUUUUAAAUAUGACAACGGAAUAGGUUGA